UCUGUUCUUUUCUUUAGACAGAUUUUUGAGGAGUUCUGACUAGCUGCUUGUAUGCAGGGCAUGACGACUCAUUUUAAAGCGGGCAAAGCUUUAAAGUUCAAGAAGGAGGUGGGUGAGAAUGCCCCGGCGGUCAGUGAUGAUGAGCUGGUGGCCAUGUCGGUGCGGGAGCUCAACCAGCACCUGCGCGGGUUGACAAAGGAAGACAUGGUCCGGCUGAAGCAGCGGCGGCGCACGCUAAAGAACCGCGGUUACGCUGCCAGCUGCCGCAUCAAGCGUGUCACACAGAAAGAGGAGCUUGAACGGCAAAAAACAGAGCUGCAAAAAGAAGUGGACAAACUGGCUCGUGAAAACGCCAGUAUGCGACUGGAGCUGGACGCGCUUCGUGCUAAGUAUGAGGCCCUGCAGUGCUUUGCCCGGACUGUCACCCGCGGGCCUUCCGGUAAGGUGGCCACCACCAGCGUCAUCACUAUUGUCAAGUCUGCCAAUCACAGCCCCAGCUCUGCCCCUUUUUCGGCACCUUCGUAGUGCUGAUCGACAUUGCCUGCCCAGCUCCUUCUGGUCCAAUCCGGCUCUGAACCUAGACUGACCCACUGGCCGCCGCUCAACCCACACUGAGAGGAAGCUCAGUGGUUAGACUGAGGGGAGGGUGGAGGCCUUAAUCUGCGUGACUCCAACAGGCUGCAUCUAUUUUUUCAUUUCUCUCUCUUUUACACACUCACAAAACACGCAUACAUAUCUAUAUUGUCUGUGCACUGUGCUAUAACCUCCGGCACCGGCAGGGCACAUUGACCACUCUUUCAACCUCACCACAGGCUGAGACUUAGCAGAGAUGAGCACUUGUUAAAGUGUGAGAUAGUACUUGACUAAACCUGCCAUGGCAGCACUGGUUCGACAGCUAUGAUGCCCAUGACAAAUAUUAUUCAUAUUUAUAUUUUAAACAUACACUACCGUUCAAAAGUUUGGGGUCAGACUCAGUAUGUUUUUUUUUUGUAAGAAAUUAAUUAUUUUAUUCAUCAAGGAUAAAUUGAUCAUAGUAACAGCAAAGACAAUAUUAAUCAAAAGAAUCCUGAAAAUCCUGGUUUCCACUAAAAUAUGAAU